UUGCUUGCUUGCCUGCCUUGCUUGCCUGCCUUGCCUGCCUGCCUGCCUGCCUGGGCCUGGGACUCGGCCUCUUUUUUACCUCAGGAGGAGGAGGAGCAGCGGCGGCGGUGGCGGCAGCAGCGUCGCCUUCCUCCUCGCCCCUCGCUCGCCCUUCUUCUUCUUCGUCGUCGUCGUCUCCCGUGAAAGGAAAAAGGGAGGCCUCGUCCUCGUCCUCCUGCUCGUCGCCGCCGUCGCCCCCGCCUGGGUCUCGGGGCCCCCGCCCGCCCGCCCGCCAUCAUGCCCCGUCUUCCUGGGCGGCGGGGGGCUCCUCGGGCUCUCUCUCCGGGACUCCUCGCCUUCGCCCUCCUCGCCUUGGCCGGAGGGAGCCUCGCAAAGAUUUGCCCGAGUAUGAACAUCCGGAACGACAUUUCCAACUUCCGCCAGCUCGAGAACUGCACGGUGAUCGAGGGCCACCUGCAGAUUCUGCUCAUGUUCGGGGCCAAGACGGAGAACUUCCGGGGCCUCAGCUUCCCCAAGCUCACCAUGGUCACCGAAUACCUGCUGCUGUUCCGGGUCUAUGGCCUGGAGAGCCUCAAGACGCUCUUCCCCAACCUGACGGUCAUCCGGGGGACGCGGCUCUUCUUCAACUACGCCUUGGUCAUCUUCGAGAUGGUUCACCUGAAGGAGGUGGGCCUGCCGAGCCUGAUGAACAUCACCCGGGGGGCCGUGCGCAUCGAGAAGAACGCCGAGCUGUGCUACCUGUCCACCAUCGACUGGUCCCGGAUCGUGGACUCCGUCGAGGACAACUACAUCGUCGCCAACAAGCGGGACGAGGAGUGCGGGGACAUCUGCCCCGGAAAGGCGAAGGGGAAGAGUGUCUGCUCCCCGACGGUGAUCAACAGCAUUUACAUUGAGCGCUGCUGGAGCCACGAGCAUUGCCAGAGAGUGUGCCCUUCCGCCUGCAAGUCCCAGGGCUGCACCCCGGAGGGCACCUGCUGCCACACGGAGUGCCUGGGCAGCUGCCUGGAGCCCGGCGACCCGGAGAAGUGCCUGGCCUGCCGCCACUUCAGCCUCGAGGGCAAGUGCAUGGAGAGGUGCCCCGCCGGGUCCUACCGCUACGCCGGGUGGCGCUGCGUCACCUUCGACUUCUGCCAGGAGCUGCACAACAAGUGCAAGGCCGCCCGCCAGUCCGACUGCCCCGUCAUCCACAACGGAGAGUGUGCCCCCGGCUGCCCUUCCGGCUACACCAUGAACUCUACCAGCCUCCUCUGCAUGCCCUGCGAGGGGCUGUGCCCCAAAAUCUGUGAGUUGCCCGUCAAGGAGAAGACCAUCGACUCCGUGACGGCGGCCCAGGAGCUCCAGGGCUGCACUGUCGUCAACGGCAGCCUGACCAUCAACAUCCGCGGAGGAAGCAACAUUGCAGCUGAGCUGGAGGCCAACCUGGGCUUGAUUGAGGAGAUCACGGGCUACUUGAAGAUCCGGCGCUCCUACGCCCUGGUCUCCCUCUCGUUCUUCCGGAAGCUCCACCUGAUCCGGGGAGAGGCCCUCGAAGCAGGGAACUAUUCCUUCUACGCCUUGGACAACCAGAACCUGCGCCAGCUGUGGGACUGGAGCAAGCACAACCUCACCAUCGCCCGGGGGAAGCUCUUCUUCCACUACAACCCCAAGCUCUGCCUGUCCGAGAUCGACAAGAUGGAGGAGAUCUCGGGGGCCAAGGGGCGCCAGGAGAAGAACGACAUCGCCCUCAAGACCAACGGCGACCAGGCCUCUUGUGAGAGCGAAGUGCUCAAGUUCUCCUACAUCAAAACCACCUGCGACAAGAUCAUGGUCAAGUGGGAGCCUUACUGGCCGCUGGACUUCCGCGACCUUCUGGGCUUCAUGCUCUUGUAUAGGGAAGCCCCCUUCCGGAAUGUGACAGAGUUUGACGGCCAGGACGUCUGCGGUGCCAACAGCUGGACGGUGAUGGACGUCGAACCGCCUCCCCGCAACAGCGACACCAAGCCGGGCCACCUUCUGCGCGGCCUCAAACCCUGGACGCAGUACGCCAUCUUCGUGAAGACCCUGAUCACCCACUCGGACGAGCGCAAGUCCUACGGGGCCAAGAGCGAGAUCAUCUACAUCCAGACCAACGCCUCGGUGCCCACCGUCCCCCUGGACCCCAUCUCGGUGUCCAACUCCUCGUCACACAUCAUCUUGAAGUGGAAGCCGCCCUCCGACCCCAACGGGAACAUCACGCACUACAAGGUCUCCUGGGAAAAGCAGCCUGAAGACAGCGAGCUCUACGAGCUGGACUACUGCCUGAAGGGCUUGAAGCUCCCCUCUCGGACGUGGUCCCCUCCCUUGGAGUCGGAGGACUCCCCCCACAAGCCGAACGACAGUGACAGCGAGGAGCCCAGCCUGGAGUGCUGCCCCUGCCCCAAGACCGAGUCGCAGAUCAUGAAGGAGACCGAGGAGUCCGCCUUCCGGAAGGUCUUCGAGAACUACCUCCACGACAUCGUCUUUGUCCCCAAGCCGUCGGUGAUGCGGCGCAGGAGGGACCUGGGCGCCCCGGCCAACAGCACCACCCCGUCCCCAACACUGCCGGCCUUUGGGAAUGCUUCCAUGGCAGCCCCCGCCAGCCCCCCGGAGCCCAAGCCCUUCUCCAAGGUGGUCCUCAAGGAAUCCAUCGUCAUCUCCAACCUGCGGCACUUCACGAGCUACCGCAUCAAGAUCCAGGCCUGCAACCACGAGGUGCCCCAGGAGUGCAGCAGCGAGGCCUACGUCAGUGCCAGGACCAUGCCGGAAGCAAAAGCCGACGACAUUGUGGGGCCCGUGACUCACGAGCUGGAGAAGAAUGUGGUCCACCUGCACUGGCAGGAGCCGAGGGAGCCCAACGGGCUGAUUAUCCUUUACGAGGUGAAUUACGGGCGCCUUGGAGAUUCGGAGGAGCAGCGCUACUGCCUCUCUCGCCUGAAGUACGCCACUCAGCAGGGCUGCAAGCUGACGGGGCUGCAGACAGGCAACUACAGUGUCCGGGUGCGAGCCACAUCCCUGGCGGCGAACGGCUCCUGGACGGAGCCCAUCUACUUCUAUGUCUACGACUAUUUCCCCCCCAACAAUAACCUGGUCAGCAUCAUCAUCCCCAUCAUCUUCGCCAUCUUCUUCCUGGGGGUCAUCGGAGGUGCCUACGUCUUCAUCAAGAAAAGGCAAAAGGAAGGACCGACGGGGCCACUUUAUGCCUCCUCCAACCCGGAGUAUCUCAGCGCCAACGAUGUGUACAUCCCCGACGAGUGGGAGGUCCCCCGCGAGAAGAUCUCCCUCCUGCAGGAGCUGGGCCAGGGCUCCUUUGGGAUGGUCUACGAGGGCAUCGCCAAGGACAUUGUGAAGGGCGAGCCAGAGAUGCGGGUGGCCGUCAAGACGGUGAACGAGUCGGCCAGCCUGCGGGAGCGCAUCGAGUUCCUCAACGAGGCGUCCGUCAUGAAAGGCUUCAGCUGCCACCACGUGGUCCGCCUCUUAGGCGUGGUGUCGAAAGGGCAGCCCACCCUAGUGGUCAUGGAGCUGAUGGCUCAUGGGGAUCUGAAGAGCUACCUGAGGUCCUUGCGCCCGGAUGCAGAGAACAACCCAGGCCGGCCCCCACCAACCCUCCAGGAGAUGAUCCAGAUGGCGGCCGAGAUCGCCGACGGCAUGGCCUAUCUGAACGCCAAGAAGUUCGUCCACCGGGACUUGGCUGCAAGGAACUGCAUGGUGGCCGAGGACUUCACCGUCAAGAUUGGAGACUUUGGCAUGACCAGGGACAUCUACGAGACGGAUUACUACCGCAAAGGAGGGAAGGGGCUCCUCCCCGUGCGGUGGAUGGCCCCCGAGUCGCUGAAGGAUGGCGUCUUCACCGCCUGCUCUGACGUCUGGUCCUUUGGCGUUGUCCUCUGGGAGAUCAGCAGCCUGGCCGAGCAGCCUUACCAAGGCCUCUCCAAUGAGCAGGUCCUCAAGUUCGUCAUGGACGGCGGGUGCCUGGAGCAGCCGGAGAACUGCACUGAGAGGCUCCACGACCUCAUGCAGCUGUGCUGGCAGUACAACCCCAAGAUGCGGCCGACCUUCACGGAGGUGAUUGAGAUGCUGAAGGACGAGCUGCACCCCUCCUUCCGGGACGUCUCCUUCUUCUACAGCGAGGAGAACAAGCCCCCCGAGACGGAGGACUUUGAGAUGGACUUUGAGAACAUGGAGAGCAUCCCCCUGGACCCGGCCUCCUCCUACUCCCAGCGGGACGACGUCCUGGGCAGGGACAACGGCCUCUCGGUGGCGCUCAAGGGCAGCUACGAGGAGCAUGUCCCCUACACGCACAUGAACGGCGGCAAGAAGAACGGGCGCAUCCUCUCCAUGCCCCGCUCCAGCCCCUCCUAAUGGCAGGGGUGGGGGCGCCCUCUGCUUUGAUCUCCUUCUUUGCCCCCCCCCCUGCCCCGGCAGUUCCUCUCCCACACAAAUCUCAGGACUGGCAGUAUUUUUGCAGACACACCGCGGACUCGCUUUCUACCGAAAAGACGGACUUUUUAAUCGUCGUGGAAGAUUAUUCUUAUUACUACUACUACUACUACUAGGACAGCGAGAGGGCAAAUCACGUCGCUGCGUAUUUCUGAGUCAGGGUGGUUUUUUUGAGGGGGGGGUUAGGGACACGCAAACGUCGACUCGCCGUCAGCAGCCUUCGUCUGUGAAAGACGCAAGCGGCCGUUUUGCAGCAUGUCCACCCGGCCCGGAUCCCCUUGCACAACGCUGUGGCUUUGAGACGGGAAGGGGCUUCUCGCGAGUAGGAGGGAGAGGGGAGACCCCUCUGCCUGCCUCCAGUCCCACGGUGGGGGUGGGGGUGGUGGGGGCUCUUUAGUGUGCCCACAGCCCAGAACCACCUUCCCAAGCAGAACCCGGAAACUUGUUCUCUCUCUUUCGGAGGGGAGUCCUUUGCCAUUUUUUUCUUUCCUUUUUUUGUUUUUAUUUGAAAAAUCUGAAGGAUCUCUUAAGGCGCGUCCCACACAGAUCUGUCUUUCUCUUCCGAUUUGACCAACUGCUGCUGCUUUUCUCAAUGGGUUAAUCGGUGCGUAUGUGUGCGCGGAACUAUAUGGGGGGAGCGAGCGAGCGAGUCUUUUUGUACAGAACCGUUUUCUCCAGCCACGGAGGGGCGUGACAGCCAGCCCCUGCCCCGGAGUGAAUGAAUUCUCUAGAGAUUAUUUUUAUACUGAAGAACUUUUGGGGUGAGGAGUUCCCCACCCCCGUCGUCGUCCCCCCCCACAGCAAAGCGAGGUAGCCAAAGCAGUAGCCAACACCCCCUUUAGGAUCCCCCCCCCGUGCUUUUUGGUGGCUUAAAAAUAGCACAGAAUGAGCCACCUUCCUUUGGGCCCUGUCCGGUUAGCGUCCCGUGUGUGUGUGUGUGUGUGUACAUAAAUAUAUAUAUAUGUUUGUUGUGACAUAUUUAAGUCCGAGGUAGUCAACCUCCCUAUAAAUUAUUGUUGCCUUUGUUGAUUCCCCCCCCCACUCCAAAACCUCGGGGGGGGGGGCUUGCUUGGUGGUGGAUCUGACAGUUUUUGCGUUUCUGUUUUGGCAAAGUUGGCAGGCGGCGCUAGGCAAUUUUGGUGGUGGAAAGUUCCCGCAGGAUCCAUCGUGGCCUCCUAGGGUCCCGCAGCCCCUUGGCCAAGCCGCCGGUCUGCGGGCAGGACGUCCAGAUAGACCGGGGGGUGGAGACACCCCCCUCUUGAGGGGCUGCCUGCCAGCGGGUGGGUGGCCAUACUUCUUCUGCCAAGAAGCACAAGGCCUGGCAUCUUGCCGGAAGGGCCGCAGCCCCGCCAUCAGAGCUCCUGCUUGGCAUGCAGGCAGUCCCAGGCGCGGACCCUGCUGGCAGCGUCUCCAGGCAGGACUGGCAAAAGGCCUCCCCGCCUGGAGAGCAUGCUGCCGGUCCGUGCAGAUACCAGCCUGGGUAGGCAAAUGGUCUUUCUCUGGCCUUUUGCCCCCUGUGCCUUUGCCUCAGCCCCCCCUUUUUGGGGGGGGAAUAAGCCCAAACGCUGUGAUUAUUUGCCGGGGGUGGCAGAGAUGGAGGAGGAGGAGGAGGAGGCGGCUGGGGAAAUGUUUCUGCCCUGCUAAACCCGGUCAGUUGUGCAAUCCAUUGCCUGUGUGUCUCCUGCCUGUGAGGUGGGGGCAAGAACUUCACCCUCUUCAGUCCUUGGGGGUUUCCUUUUUUUAGGGUUUCUCCCCCCCCCCAACCUCCCCAGUGUUGCACUUUAGAGCUUUUCUGCUCCAGUCAGUGGGCCCCACAGAAGAUGUGGGGUCCGCCCUCUGCUUCUCCUCCCCCCUCAGUUCAGAUUUCCUCUUCAGUCCCAGGCGAUUGUUCGCCUGCUGAAAUUUGCAGCUCUCUCUUACCUCAGUGUCAUUUGAAAUAAGCUUUUUCUAAAUAAAAAAAAAAAGUUUUAAAAGGAAGAAAAAAAUGUAUUUCCAUAUAAUGUGAAUCGUUCUGAGAAAAAGAAAACGAUGGAUCUUGUCGAUUCGACGGAAUAAGCGGAUCUGUAGGCCUUGUGGGUACUGAACAGAGUAAUUGCACAUAGAUGGUUCUGUGCCCCCCCCCCCAAAAAAACAAAAUCCACUCUGGUUGCCUUUGUUGAAAAUGCACCUUCUUUUUUUAUGCCGAGCACAAGGAGGAUGGAGGUGGGGGUGAUGAGUGGGGAGCGGGGGGUGUGCUAGGAAGAGAAGGAGAUUGUUUGGGGUUGUGUGCCUCUCCCAGUAAAGCAGAGGGCGGCCCGUCACCGCAGGGCCGUUGUUAGGAGCUGCCUCAAGGGCCCCCCUCCCACAGCGGUGGGGUUUUUCGUGGGUGCCAUGGUCACUAUUAAUAGCACAUUCGUGGUGGGCUCCUCCUGGGAUUUCCACGCAGCGUUCCUGCGACGCUUCCUCAAUUUUGGCACCUUAUUGUCACCUGCAGGGGGAUCUCUUGCUGCAACAGAGCGGGAAGUGCGGUGUUUGGGAGCGAAGCAGCUUUCUCUGUCUGCCCUGAAACCUUUGCAGGGUGGCAGCCACCCACCCCGAAGGCCAUCGUGUAAAAAUGCCUAGAAAGGGGGGGGGUCCUUAGUCUCUCCUGCUAGUCUGCAAUUUUGUUUUGUGCCCGUUUCAAAGAUUAGCAAGCCCCAGACUUUUCCAGUCCCUCCUGACGCCUCUGGCCCUGGUUUGCACAGAGAGGGAGAGAGAGAGAGGUAAAGAUGUGCCACGUUGCUGUUCAAAAAGUUUUUGGUGCUAUCCAUAUUGCGGAGCCUGUUGCACUUAGGGGAGAAGGGCCCAGAGUGCCUGUCCGUUUGAGGGGAGCCAGGUGUGUGUGUGUGUGUGUGUGUGUGUGUGGCUGGUGCUGGAAGGGAGAGCAGAAAGGCACACAGAAAAAACCCUUUCCAAAAAGAUUCCCCUCCUGAGAACCUCAGCUCAGUGGUUGAGCACUUGCUUCAUGGGGGGAGAGGGGGGCUUGUCCUACUGCAAUCCCCAGCAAUCUCUCCUGGGCAGUGGGGCUUUAAAAAAGCUCUCUUCGUGCCCUGGGCAUCUCCAACGAAGUCCAGCUCCUCGAUGGCAUCAACGGACACCGUUUCAGGUGGUCUGCUCUGCAUUGGGCGCAGAGCUGCGUAGACGAGUCUUGUGGGGUAGGGAAGCCGCUCCCUAGACGUUGGCCGAGGGGUGAGGGUAGAGGCUGGCCCAGUGGGGGCAAUGGGGUGCUAGGCGGUCAGGGUCCCCCUCUUGCAUGGCCGCUGUAGCUUAACUGAUGCUGCCAUCCCACUGCUGCCCCCUGCGGCAAGGGAGGGCCUUGCGCUCUCUAUCGGAAGGGCCUUUGGACCUCUUUGUGCCGGGAUUGCGGACGAGGUGCUGUGAGCUAGAAGUGAACCAGGCUGGCUGCUCGGCUUGUGUGUCCUCCGUCUGCUCUCCCUCCCUCCCUCCCUCCCUCGCCUUCCCAAUUGCCCCUUCUGCCCGCAGCCACCAUCCAGUAGCUGCCCUCCAGUGCGGUUCCUCCGGCCAGGACGGAGGGGAGUUUCCGUUGUGCCUUGCCUCCGUUCGGAAGAGUUGCAAGCAGUUGGCAAGCCUUUGAUUCUAGAAGUCACACGGGGGGGUCGUUUAGGUUGUUUCCCAUUAAGGUCACAAACUCUGUUUUUUGAGUUCCGGCCUGCCUUGAGAGAACUCUGACUCGCCAGCCUGUCGUUCUUUCUGAACUCCGCGGAGGAUCCUGCAGGGUGGAAGAAGCACCCCUCUCCGUUUUGCCAAGCGAAACCCACAGAGGUGACUCCAGCUCGCUUUGGAGUCAGCCAGAGUUCUCUUGCCCGCAUUGCAGGGGGUUGGGCUGGAUGACCCUUGGGGCCCCUUACGAUUCUGUGAGCUCUGCGUGUUCUCUAAGACUUUUGCUGGACGCAGCCAUCUCUCUUGUGUGUGCUGCUCCUUCGCCCCGGUUUAUUUCUGUGGAAAUCCGUCAAGCGCUUCUCAGCCCUGUCCCGGAAGCAGGAGGAGGAUUUUUCCACCGCCUUUCCCGUUGGCGAAAUCACCUCGCCACCAACACACGCUGCUUUUUGUGAUUUUUGUUGUUGCUGCUGCUGCUGUUCAGGACUGGUCCAGCUGUCUUAAAACGUGUUUUGUUUUUUUAAAAAAAGAAUUGCAAUGCAAGCAUUUUCUAGGGACGUUUUAAAUUGCCCCAUUGCCGGAAUGUCCGAAAGGUUAAAAGAUCUUUGCACGGAGAAAGCUGGGCUGGCUUCCCCCUUGCGAGGCGGGCAGGCAGGGUGGGGCCGCCUCCUGGGUCCCACCGAGGUCGAAGCAAAGGCCUUGCCGGGUUCCCCAAGCCCGCCAUGGAGUGCCUGAGAAGCCAGCCCCCCCCCCAAACCCCGCUGCCCCACUUUCCCCACACGUGCAGACAAUGGUCCCCGAACACUGAGAAGGGGCGGCAUUGGGGAGAGAGAGAGAAAAUAAAAUACCUCUUGUUUUUAAAAUAAAAGGAUCAAUAUCAAUAUGUGCCAUGGUUUUGAGAAGAGUUAAUAGAAAAAGAGUAGGCCCACUUGAUUUUUAUUUCUUUUGUCAAUGCUUUUCAUAUCAGAGCCCAGGCAGUGGUGUGUACAGAGAGUAUCUUUGAAUAUCAAACGGAUUUUUCUUUUUCUUUGCUGUGUGUAAAAUAUUGAACAAUUAACUGUUUAUAUUAAAACAAAACAAAAAUUCUUAAUAAAUUAUCCAAGAAUGCCUCCGA